AUGACGCAUUCACACGAGUUUGGGAAACUGGGCUUCAUCGGCCUCGGGGCCAUGGGGAAACCGAUGCUUUCUCAUCUUGCCAACAAAUUGCCUCAGGAAUCGCGCAUUUGGGUUUAUGACGUGGUCGAACAUAUGGUAGACGAUGCGUGUGCAGAGUUUCCCGGUCGAGUCUUGAAGGCACAAAGCGCCAAAGACGUGGCGCAACAAGUCGACACAGUUGUAAGCAUGGUGCCUGAAGGUGCACAUGUACGAUCCGUAUAUCUCGACCCCCAAAACGGCGUAUGCAGCACCGAUAUAUCGAACAAGCUGCUUAUCGACUGCUCGACAAUAGACACGGCAACCAGCCUCGCUGUGAAGGACCAUAUUGCCGCUGAGUUCCCAUCAGCGUCGUUCUAUGACUCCCCGGUGAGUGGCGGCGUAGUGGGAGCCAUCAAAGGCACGAUCGCAUUCUUUCUGGGCUGUGCAGAAUCAGACCCAAAUAUCGAGCGCCUCACAUAUCUGAUGGGCUUGAUGGGUGGGCAAGUAAUACCUUGCGGAGGUCCAUCACUUGGGCUUGCAGCGAAGCUGUCGAAUAACUACCUAUCGGGUAUCAUCGCCAUAGCUUGCUCUGAGGCUUUCGACAUGGGAAUGCGCAGCGGAUUGGAUCCCCGCACUCUGGCCAAAGUAUACGCUGCAGGUACUGCUCAGAAUACUAUUUGCGACAAGUUUUGCCCGGUCCCACAUGUAUACCCCGAAGCUCCGUCGUCGGGAGGCUGGAAGCAGGGUUUCAAAGUGCAGUUGAUGCGCAAAGACUUCGGUUUGGCAGUAGACAUGGCGAAACGAGUAGGCUCAAGAAACGUGUUGGGUGACGUUGGUUUCCAAACGUACGAUGGGGCCGCCAACGAUCCGCAUUGUAGGGAUCUGGACUCGCGGGUGGUUUAUCGCUACCUUGGUGGCCAGGAAGACUGGCAUUCAGAAUCGAACAGCGCGUGA